AAUUGCUGUCUCGUGCGAUCGAGGACCAAACCGACAACGACCAGCCCGAGAAGCCAGACAAUGUGGACGGCCAGACAACUCACACCGACCCGGCUUCACCGGCCUUAAGCAAGCGCGGAAAUUACUUUUCCGACUGCUCUGAGAUCCACACAGCCCAAACUCUGUAUCAUAAAGUGUCUAGUGGUGUACACAAAAUACUACCUGUCGGUCUCUCCAGCCCGAUCUCUGUAUACUGUGAUCAGACCACAGAUGGGGGAGGGUGGACGGUCAUACAGAGGAGGUUUGACGGGUCUGUCGACUUUAACCGACCAUGGGGCGCCUUUAGGUACGGGUUUGGGUCAGCCAAUGGGGAGUAUUGGCUCGGUUUGGAGAACAUGUACCGUUUGACCAAUCAGCACAGGUAUACGCUGUAUGUACAGUUGGAAGAUUGGAAUCAUGUGGUUAAGUACGCAAAGUAUUCGUCAUUCUCGGUGGGGAGUAGUUCCAACUAUAGCCUGUCUGUUAGUGGGUACAGUGGGACCGCAGGGGAUGGGUUCUCAGGCUCACGAUCUAGAUCUAAACCCUACCUAACGGGUCAGCCCUUCAGUGCUAGGGAUGUAGAUCGUGAUGCCAGUAGCGGGUCCUGUGCUAAUAGUGCCUACACGGGAGGGUGGUGGUACAAGUCCUGCACUUGGUCUGCCCUGAACGGCCCGUACCUGCGCCGCUCUGACUAUACCGGUCACAGUGGUUGUGGCAUAGCUUGGUACGCGUUUGGGGGCUCCUAUAGGUGCUAUCUGAAAAAGUCCAAAAUGAUGGUCCGUCCUGCCAACUUCCGACCAUAAGUUGCCAGACACUAACCCAGCUGACAGGUCGAGGAUUCAAAUUGUUUGAUAAAGACCAUAAUCCAGCACUCACUCUGUAUCCAUUUUCUUUAAACAGGUCAAAUCUUUCAAGUUACUUAUUUGGUUGUCUCGGACUCUCGAUACAGGAAAUUUACACAUACA